AUGCCUGAAACCUACCUGCCUGAGCUCUGGGGAAUAAUGGCUAUCUACGUGGGUGACCGCGGCUGGCUCCGGAACAUGCCUCUCGCCGUGGACAUGGAUUCUUACCGAGUCGGUGCAACUCCAAUUGGGAAUGACAUUCCUAUCAAAGGCAUCCAUUUAAACCCUCGGCACUUUGUUCUCUUUCACGCUACGGACAUGAACGGCGUAAGCAAGUAUCACAUCACCGACGUUAGCACAUCAGGGACCUGGGUCAAUGGCGUUCGCUGCGCCCGCGGGCGUAAGCUUGCCAUUUACCCAGGCGCUAAGAUAGCUACGGCUCUCGAUAACAAAGGAUACUAUUUCGAGCUUCGUGACGGUUCCUUUGAUGCGUUUUCCCUCGAGUACACGUUUUCGGGACGCAUAGGCCAAGGUUCCUUCGGGAGUGUAUAUAAGGCUGAGCGCCUGGCCACGGGAAAGUCAUACGCUGUAAAAGUACUACGCAAACUCCCCUUCCCUCCGAUCAAUCGCAGAAACGCGCCCAUUCUCAAGGAGGUGUUUAUUCUGCAAGGGCUUGGUCAUAAAAACGUCGUGAACCUCCACGCUGUAUAUGAGUCCCAGAAAGACAUUUUCAUCGUCAUGGAGCUGAUGCGCUACGGCGACUUGGAUGGCUUAAUCAGGAAGCGCAACAGCCUGGAUGAGACAACAAGCCGUCUCUCACUACGAGAGAUAACCUCUGGGCUUGAGUACCUUCACUCGUGUAACAUCAUCCAUCGGGAUGUGAAGCCCCAGUCUCUUACCUCUCCGCUUGAAGUUGACCGAUUUCGGCAUAUCAAAGGUGGUGACAGACAAAUCGUUUUCGAGGGUUGUUCAUCCGUCCUAUGUCAGACGAUUUGCGGAACCCCUAUGUACAUGGCACCGGAAAUCUAUGCUCCUGGAGCGAAGGUCGACCACUCGUAUGAUUUCAAAGUAGAUUCCUGGAGCCUCGGUGUCACCCUCUUCCGCAUGCUGUGUGGAAGAUACCCCUUUCGCACGGAAGAUGAACCUGUUGCUCCCGAUUACGAGGAUAAACUUUGCGGCCUGCUGCGCAAAUUGCUUGUGCACGACUCAAAGCAAAGGUUGUCCAUCGCUGAGGUGGAACAGCACCCUUGGACGAAUGUGGGCCGCCCUAGUACUACUCAGAAGGAGAAAAGCGCCGCUAGUACUUCCAUAAGGUUGCAAAGGAUGAACCUGGCCCACGAUGCGUCGCACUAA